AAGAAGCCUGACAGGCAGGCAUAACCUAGAGGAUUGACGCGCUUCGUUUACAGGAUGCAGCCCAGAUUUACUAUUAAUGGGGAAAAAGAAUAAUGCAUCAAAAAUAAAAAAAAUAAAAAAACCGAUUCACGGGGAUCUGUUAUUCUGGAAACGUAAAUCUUCGUCACCAACAUAGAAAGCAGCGGCGGCGUCAGUAGAUAAAGGCGCUGAGAGUUUUCCACCUGGGGCAGCGGAUUUCAGGAUCAUAACGCGGAGUUGACAGCGUGUUUACCUGCCGAAUCACCCAGUGAGUGUAGCUGAGUCCACCCAGGGAAGAAAAUAAUAAUAAUACAAGCGGCACUGCAAGAUACGCGGAUUGGGAUAAACCCAGUGGUUUGAAGAGGUGAGGGCGGCGGUGCAGGCAUGACGGGUUUAGCUCGACUGGAGACAGGCACGCUACAUCGCAGCUCUGUUUGAUGGAUGACCGCGGCAGUGCUCAUAAAUAAAGUCUAUCUCGUUGUAUAUCAUUGGGGCUACAUGAAUGUGACAGCAGACCCUGAGGAAUGAACCGGUUCCACACCUGAAACUGAAAUUGUCCUGCAGAGCAGCGUGAAAAAAACCCGAAUUUCAGGCCAGGAGGGUUGUUUUACAGCACAGCCAGACGUGUUGGAUAGUGUUGGACAGGUGAAUGAAGCGACGCUGUAUUGCAUGAAAAAAAAAAAAAAAAGUUUUUGUUUUACUGCCCCUGCACCUCGUGAUAGCUUUAAUAGCUGUGUGGUGGAACAGUGUGCUUAAAGUUUGUGAAGGGAGAUGUAAACAGACUGUUGCCUAUAAUUACACAUUGAGUGCGGCUCCUGGGACUCGGGAUAUGGAGUGCGAGAAGCGGAUACCUGGAACGGGGGCGCACACAGACAAGACCGAGCUGGACAAGGGGGACGGCAACAUUACCGGACCUGUGCCGGGCGCGUCCGGACCGACUCGUCCCAGGCCCUCCUCGUACCGCGCCCUGCGCAGCGCCGUGUCCACGCUGGCCAGGAUAGACGACUUCUACUGCGAGAAAAUCGGGGCAGGAUUCUUCUCAGAUGUUUUUAAGGUGAGACACAGGAUUUCGGGGCAGGUGAUGGUCCUGAAGAUGAACAAGCUGAUGAGUAACCGAGCCAACAUGCUGCGCGAGGUACAGCUCAUGAACCGGCUGUCCCACCCCAACAUCCUGCGGUUCCUAGGAGUCUGUGUUCAUGAGGGGCAGCUCCAUGCACUUACUGAGUACAUCAAUGGAGGGAACCUGGAGCAGCUGCUGAACAGUGAUGUCUCCCUGUGCUGGUCUGUCCGGAUGAGGCUCUCUCUGGACAUCGCCAAGGGCCUGCGGUACCUACACUCCAAAGGGAUAUUCCACCGCGACCUCACAUCCAAGAACUGUUUGGUGCGCUGUGAGGAUGGACUCUUCAGUGUUGUGGUGGGAGACUUCGGACUGGCUGAAAAAAUCCCUAAUUACAGUGAUGGAGGAGUGAAGCAGCCCCUAGCAGUGGUGGGCUCCCCCUACUGGAUGGCUCCAGAAGUGCUAAGAGGAGAGGUCUACAAUGAGAAGGCUGACCUCUUUGCCUACGGGAUCAUCUUGUGUGAGAUCAUCGCCCGGAUACAGGCAGAUCCGGACUUCAUGCCACGCACUGAGGACUUCGGUCUGGACACACAGGCUUUCCAGCACAUGGUGGGAGACUGCCCGGCUGCUUACCUCCAGGUCGCUGUGUCCUGCUGCAAUAUGUCCCCUGACCAGAGGCCCUCGUUCUCGGAGAUCGCUCAGCAGCUGGAGAGGAUCCUGGAGGCCCAGGAGAAGCGAGAGGAGGAAGAUGAGAGGAGUGAGACACAAAGAGCAAGGAGCCAAGGGGAGAGCUGGGAGCAAGUGCUGAGAGACCCCUUGAGCUGCAGUCCUGCUCGGAGACGCUCUCUGUGUCUGCACCUCCCCCAGGACCAGCGCCUGUUCCGCAGCCAGUCCGACAUGCUGCCUCCCAAAACUCCACACUUGGAGGGGCUGGCUGGGAUGCCAGCCCGGGUCAACCCUUUCUCCCUGCGAGAGGACCUCAACAGGGGCAAGAUCAAGCUGUUCGACACACCCAGCAAGUCCGUCAUCUCCCUGACCUUUGACCUGCCGCAGCCCCCCGACUCCUACCCAGCGACCCAGUCCGUGACCCCCAAAACCCUGCUUGACCUCCGAUGCAGCAUUGCAGGGCCCGAAGUGGCCCGGAGAUGCAAGUCUCUGCCAAACUCUCCCGAGCUGCCUCGCAAAGCCAGCUUCCUGAAGGAACUGAGAGAGCAAGAGCAGGAGGACUUCAAAGACCUGGGGAUCUCAAGGGAACGAGAUCUGGAAAUCUAUCGCUAUCUGGAAUUCGCACAGGAGGGAGAUGUGGAAAUGGUACACGAUCUCGAAAUCAUAGACCUGGAGUUCGAAGACAAGCAGAUGGAACCAAUGGACUGCUCGAGCAGCCCAGACACACAAGAGGGGUCUGUAUUCCUGGACGAACCAGUGCAGCCCUUCCUGAACAGCUGCCUGGUGACCCCUCCCUCUUCGCACUGCAACGGCUGGCAGACUGGCAUCCCCAAUGACAACAACUACACUGUGGUGGUGAGCCGGCCCGUGGGCUGGGACCAAGGCUUCCACACAGGUGGCUCCUUCUCACUCAACGCCUCCAGUGGCACCCUGGAGCAGGACGAUGUCAUUUCUUGUCCAGGCUGCUGUCUGACUGGGCUGAAGUUCCCCUCACUGUGUCUGAGACCUUCGCUCAGGAACCCCCCCCCCUACAAGAACCUGAACGUGGAGGAGCGGGGGCUGCUAUGCCGGGGGAAGCCCUUGAACCCAGGGCAUGUAAACAGGAAGACCGAGCCCGGCCUGACCAUCUCUGAGUCACAGACAUAGUCGUGGUGAAGAGUCCAGUCUGACCAUCCCGAGGCACAGACAUAGUCAUGGUGCAGAACCCAGUCUGACCAUCCCAGAGGCACAGACAUAGUCAUGGUGCAGAGUCCAGUCUGACCAUCCCCGAGGCACAGACAUAGUCAUGGUGCAGAGUCCAGUCUGACCAUCCCCAAGGCACAGACAUAGUCGUGGUAUCGUGGACCCCACCAAACAAUCUCAAAGUAAUGUGCAGUUCUGUGCCAAUAAAAGAGACAAAUACACUGUAACAGAGCGGGACCUCUGCCCGCUACCCUGCUGCAGCUGUAUUGCUGGCUUUUCAGAUUCCAGUGCUUACCGGGCACUCUUCCCAUCAUUUAAAAAUGGUUAAAAAAAAGUGUUGUGUACAGUUAACUUUAUGUAUUUGUAAAAACUGUCUUUAUAAAGAUCUUUUUAAAAGGCUGUUUUUAGGAAUAUGUUGUUUCGGUUUAGGGCCCAUGAGGGGAUUUUUUUUUUAAAUGAUUUUGGAACAAGACAAAAAACACAUCACUGAUGAGAGAGCAAUAGUCUUCUGUAUAUAUAGAAAACACAGCACUGUAUUGAGAGCAAUAGUCUUCUGUACAUACAGAAAACACAUUACUGAUGAGAGAGCAAUAGUCUUCUGUAUAUAUAGAAAACACAGCACUGAUGAGAGAGCAAUAGUCUUCUGUAUAUACAGAAAACACAUUACUGAUGAGAGAGCAAUAGUCUUCUGUAUAUACAGAAAACACAUUACUGAUGAGAGAGCAAUAGUCUUCUGUAUAUAUAGAAAACACAUCACUGAUGAGAGAGCAAUAGUCUUCUGUAUAUACAGAAAACACAUCACUGCUGUGAGAGCAAUAGUCUUCUGUAUAUACAGAAAACACAUCACUGCUGUGAGAGCAAUAGUCUUCUGUAUAUAUAGAAAACACAGCACUGUAUUGAGAGCAAUAGUCUUCUGUAUAUACAGAAAACACAUCACUGAUGAGAGAGCAAUAGUCUUCUGUAUAUACAGAAAACACAUCACUGCUGUGAGAGCAAUAGUCUUCUGUACAUACAGAAAACGCAGCACUGUAUUGAGAGCAAUAGUCUUCUGUACAUACAGAAAACACAUCACUGAUGAGAGAGCAAUAGUCUUCUGUAUAUACAGAAAACACAUCACUGAUGAGAGAGCAAUAGUCUUCUGUAUAUACAGAAAACACAGCACUGUAUUGAGAGCAAUAGUCUUCUGUAUAUACAGAAAAUACAUCACUGCUGAGAGAGCAAUAGUCUUCUGCAUGUACAGAAAACACAGCACUGCUGUGAGAGCAAUAGUUUUCUGUAUAUUGCCUGAUGUUGUCAGUAAGGCCUGUUUCUUACCACACUGGUGACAGAAUACUUCCAGUAUAUUAAAUAAGAGCUGUUUUACAAACAAGCCCUCCUUAUAACCCAGUUUGAGAACUCUGCGCCAGCCUCCUGUAUAAACAUGUGUGUGUGUGUGAAUGUUAAUUCUCGCAAUGCAUUAAUUGUGUAAAAUGUGUUGCUCUAUAAUGUUCAUCUGUGUAUAACCCCCCUCCACACACACACACACACACACACACACACACACACACACACAUCAUUCCUGUAAUUUAGUUUUUGGCACUGAUGUAGUAUAUUAUACUAGUAUAGUAUAGUAUACUUUUUUAAAGACCAAGCAUGCUGAAUUAUUUUCCUGUAGAGUGUUUGUUUUAUUUUAAAUGUUUGUAUUGAAUUUCCUUUUUCUUGUAUCUGAGCAGUGCACUGGUUUAAGAUGUGCAGAUGGGAAGAGAGUUCAUGCUCUGGUGUUCAGUGGCCAUCCAGAAACCAACCAGCAAUUUCGAUAGCCAAGACAGGCAAAGAGAUAUAAAGUGUCCUGUAUUUUUCAACAUCCUGUCUUAUAACGUAAGAUAAUGCAGUGACAAUGUAUGUAUAUUUUUUAUUACUAGCAUUUGUAUUCCUGUGAACUGCUGUAAUGAAACUUGUUUCACAUGCUGGCAAUCCUGUAACCUGGUUUGACCCUUCUGGUUGAGUUGCAUGCGUUUGAAACGGGUGCAGCAUUUGAGAGCCCGUGUCGGUCCGUGUAAACUUUGGGUUGAGAAGCAUUAACGUGCAUGAACUGCUGCUGUGGUACACUGGUAUAAAAGCACUUACCAUUAGCUGGUAAUACAAGACGUGAGUGUGCAAAUGAAUUUAUAAUGACGAUUCAUCAA